ACACUGAAUUCCCGCCACAGACACUGGAAAAGAGAGCCACGAGCAAGAAGAAAACAGCUAGCCACGAUGAGAUCCAAGUCCUUUCUGCCGCUGCUGCUCCUGUGCUUGGCAAUGGCAGCUGCGGCAUCGCGAUCGUCGGCUGCGGCAGCCUCCGGAGUUGCCGCCGUUGGCGGGGGUGGGCUCAUGCAUAUCCCUACCGCUGCCGACCUGGCCCACUGCCCCUCCCGAUGCGGGGACGUCGACAUCAUGUAUCCUUUCGGGGUAGGGCCGGGCUGCUUCCGGCAAGGCUUCGAGCUCACCUGCCACAACAACAAGCUCUUUCUAGGCAACAGUAAUGCUCAGAUCCAGUAUCUAUACUACAAGUUUGUUGAGGCCUCCGUUGAUCUCAGCAUCGACAUGAGACCAGGUAUGGACACCUAUAACCUGUCUUGGCCGGAGGACCCUAUCGAGGGAGUUACAAUCUCCGGACGGAGCUUCCUGUACGUUGUUGGCUGUGGCGUGGACGCCUACUUGUUCGAUCAUGACACCAACGAUAUCAUCGGUUUUUGUAUGAGUAUUUGCUUGGACGACAGAGAGGCCAUGGAGAAGGAUGACGCCGACGCGCUGGGCGAUCCUGUGGACUCGAGCAUGGGGUGCAACGGGAAGGGCUGUUGCAGUAUUGGUUUGAAACGGGACCGGCGAGCCCUUGCGCUCAGAAUUGGCCGCCUCCGUGAUGGCAGUGGCAAUACCAUGGCACAAUCAGAUGAUCGAGUCCUCUCCAAAGUGAAGGUUUUCUUAUCACAAGAGUACAAGUUUCAGAUGAGUGAUCUUUACUCCAAUCGGAUAAACGGUACAAAAAAGGGUCAGCACUUCGAGGUUGCUAUGACGGACCAACGGAGCUGUGCAAGUGCCCAAAUGAAUAGAUCAAGCUAUGCCUGCAACAACAAAAGCACAUGCGUCGAUAGACAAUCUGGAGGAGGCUACAGUUGUUGGUGCAGAAACCAAGGCAAUCCUUACACCGUGGAUGGAUGCACAGUUGGUUACCAGCCCAAUCCAAAAAGAAAAAAUUGCAAGAGAUCAUGUGGGCAUACGAGAAUUCUCUUUCCUUUCGGUAUUGAAGAAGGUUGCUACGCUCUUGAAAAGUUCCGACUUAACUGUACAGAAAAAAAUAUCACAGUUCUGGAUCGGGGGGUACAAUAUCUUGUAGACAAUGUCUCAAUGAAUGAAGGGUAUCUCAGUGUCAGAAAGACAAAGUUCUUGGACAUCUCGAACUCCAAUGACGAACUAGAGGUAGCUACGACCCUGGCUGAAAAUGGGACGAUGACGGAAGAAUAUGACUACCCUCUUCAAGACCUCUUCGAUCUAAUCAAAGAAGACGAUAUGAAGAUGUGGUGGGCUGUUGAGAACUUCACAUGUCCAAUGGUCAUGAGCAAGGAGUACAUUGACAUUUAUGCCUGCCGCGCCAACAGCUACUGUCUUAAUGUCACGCGCGUGAAUAGCGUGAUGCAGCUUGGCUAUCGUUGCAAGUGCUCUGAAGGCUAUGAAGGAAAUCCAUAUACGCCACAUGGAUGCACAGAUGUUGAUGAGUGCACAAUGCCAAAUAUUUGCAAAGGCACAUGCCAAAAUUACCCUGGAGGCUAUAGCUGCCAUGGUUGCGCUCACGGAAAAGAGUUUGAUCCAACAAAAGGGAAAUGUGUGAUGUCAACUAAGAGACGCAACCGACAUUUUAUUGUAGCUAUUGCAAUCGGAAUUGGUUGUGGCCUUGUUGCAACAAUACUUGCACUAGGUACAAAUGCACUCGUCAACAGGUGGAAGACAGGCAUACAAAAGAGAGUUCGAAGGGCACACUUUAAGAAGAAUCAAGGACUACUUUUGGAACAACUAAUCUUGGACAAAGGCGCCACAGAUAAAACAAAGAUUUUCUCUUUGGACGAAUUAGACAAGGCAACCGACAACUUCGAUGCCACUCGUGUUCUUGGUCGUGGAGGGCAUGGCACGGUCUACAAGGGGAUUCUAUCUGAUCAACAUGUAGUGGCCAUCAAGAAGUCCAAAAUGGUGGAGCAAGUUGAGAUAGACCAAUUCAUCAACGAGGUUGCCAUUCUCUCGCAAAUCAUCCAUCGCAAUGUGGUGAAGCUUUUUGGUUGUUGUCUCGAGGCUGAGGUCCCCUUGCUAGUUUAUGAGUUCAUCUCAAAUGGCACAUUGUACGAUCUUCUUCACAACGAUCUCGGUGUCAAAUGCUUGCUUUCAUGCGAUGAUCGCAUCCGGAUUGCAGUAGAAGCUGCAGGUGCUCUUGCUUAUCUCCACUCAGCUGCUGCGAUACCAAUUUUCCAUAGAGAUGUCAAGUCCUCCAAUGUGCUCCUAGAUGGAAAUUUCACUACGAAGGUUUCUGACUUUGGAGCUUCGAGAUCUCUGUCACUUGAUGAGACUCAUGUGGUGACAAUUGUUCAAGGCACAUUUGGUUACUUAGAUCCUGAGUAUUACCACACUGGCCAACUAACGGAGAAAAGUGAUGUUUAUAGUUUUGGGGUAAUACUUGUGGAACUCUUGACAAGAAAGAAGCCAAUUUUUAUUAAUAAUGUAGGUACAAAACAAAGUUUGUCUCAUUACUUUGUGGAGAGACUUGUGCAGGGAGGUCUGAUGGAAAUAAUGGAUUUGCAAGUUGUGGAAGAGGCAAACCAGGAAGAAAUUGAUGAUAUUGCCUCAGUGGCGGAAGCAUGCUUGAGAACCAAAGGAGGAGAAAGGCCUACCAUGAAAGAAGUAGAAAUGAGGUUGCAAAUCCUUAGAACUACCAGGCUAAGAAGGAACCAACUUGCUUCAAGGAAGGGUGGAGAGAUUGAACCUUUUUUGUGCCCAGAUACCAAUAGCUCUGAUGCACAUACCAACUAUACAGGUACCAUUGAUGUACCAUCUUCAUGCAUGUCUGGAAUGUACAGUUUGGAGCAAGAAUUCGCCAGUUUGCCCCGCUGACCAUCGUCAGACCAUGUAUGCAACAAGAGGAUCAAUUACUUCCUAUGAUUCAUACAAGUUAGUUUUUGUGUUAUGUUGUGCAUUUAAAUGAGUGUGUAUGUCAUCUGUAGCGGCACUUCUUAUAUAUUCCUACAGUACAUUUGUAAACUUAUUGACGGUACAUAUAUAGACUAUACAUUUUAGCUGUUUACUUGUAAGGUAUUUAGUAGUGUUUUCCACUAAUUAAUUUCGUUAUUCAA